AUGCUGUUUUCCCCGGUUCUUCUUUUCCUACUGGUGCUUAGAGUCACCAGCGUUGCCCAAGGAAAAUCCGUCUUCGCCCACUUCAUGGUUGGCAAUACAGGAGCCUUUGGCGUCAGCAACUGGGAGGCUAACAUCGAGACUGCGCAACAAGCCAAGAUCGAUGCCUUCGCCCUGAACAUUGCCCACGGCUGGUCACAUAAUGACGAGCAGAUAGCCAAUGCCUUCACUGCGGCCAGCGCCAAAGGCUUCAAACUGUUCUUUUCUUUUGACUACGCCGGCGGCGACGUUCCUUGGCCGCUUGCCGAAGUCAGAGCUCUUAUUCAAAAAUACGGCGCCAGCGCGGCGCACUUCCAGUAUCAAGGCAAGCCCUUCGUGUCUACCUUCGAGGGCCCUGACAACGCCGAUGACUGGAACACGAUCAAGGCAGACACGGGCUGUUUCUUCAUCCCGGACUGGUCGUCCCUCGGUGCUGGCCCGGCUUUGGACGCCGGUGGCGGCGUAGCCGACGGCCUCUUCAACUGGGCCGCCUGGCCUUACGGCGAGCGGAACAUGACGACCUAUAUCGACGCCGCGUAUCACGGACUGCUGGGCUCCAAACCCUACAUGAUGCCCGUGUCGCCGUGGUUCUUCACAAAUUUGCCCGGAUACAGCAAGAACUGGCUGUGGAAGAGUGGUGAUCUGUGGUAUGACCGCUGGAAGCAGGUCACUUCAAUGGACUUCGAGCCUGAGUUCUUGGAGAUCAUCAGCUGGAACGACUACGGGGAGUCUCAUUACAUUGGGCCCCUCGACGAUUCUCAGUACGAAGCCUUCACUGUUGGAGAUGCCCCUUACAACUAUGUCAAAGAGAUGCCCCACGACGGAUGGAGAACGCACCUUCCGUUUCUCAUCGAUCUCUACAAGACCGGCUCGUCCUCCGUCACCAAGGAGAGCAUGGUGACUUGGUUUCGCACAUCUCUCAACGAUGUCUGUGCUGACGGCUCCACUACCGCCAACACGGCUAGUCAGCUACAGUUCGAGUAUUUGCCGGGCCAAGUGAUGCCGGACCGCAUUUACUUCUCGGUUCUCUUGGCCAGCCCGGCCGAGCUGAAGGUCUCCUUCGGAGGCACCGACUAUUCCAUCAGCAACUGGGACUACACGCCGGACGGCGGUGUCGGAAUCUACCACACAAGUAUCCCGGUCCUUGGUACCGGCGGCGCUUGGCGUGCGCAAGUCGUGAGAGGAGGCAGUGUGGUCAUCGACUACUCGGUGCCCCAGGGUAUCUCUGGAAGCUGUCCAUCCGGUGUCGUCAACUGGAACCCGUGGGUAGGAUCGGCUUCCGCGAGCGGCUCCGUCUCCGGGAAGCCUCCGCGUGACCUGUCCGAGCAGACUUGCAUCCAGGGCUGGGGCGAGGGCAACUUCAACGACAUCUGUAAGUUCACCUGUAAGUACGGCUACUGCCCGUCCAGCGCCUGUGUCUGCACCAACAUGGGCGAAGCCAUCAAACGGCCCAAGUCGACAGGUGUCCUCGGCUACCCUGCCAACGGCGAUGCCAAUUACGGCGGGUUGUGCAACUUUGCGUGUAACCUGGGAUACUGCCCUUCCACUGCGUGUUCUACGGAGAAGCAUAACCCGUACGUACCCAAGACUUCACCUUUCAACCCAAACACCUGCACCGACGGCGGGGGACACGGGACCGUCUCUCGCCUCUGUUCGUGGACGUGCCACUACGGCUUCUGUCCUAUUCACUCCUGCUUCUGCACCAGACAGGGCCCUCUCAAUCUGCCUCCUCCGACGGUCAAAGUUAGCGGCGUCAAGGCCAACUUUGGCAACGACAACGGCCUGUGUGCUUUCGCCUGCUCUCACGGAUACUGCCCUUCGCCCGAGUGCAGCUCCGAUGGCGGUGAUGGUGGCGGCGACGACGACGGCAAUGGCUCCGGCGGCGGGAGCCCCGCCGUUAACGUGGUCGUCGGAUACUUCCAAGCAGAUAGCAUCACCCGCCGAGGUUGCGCUCAGAGAUCCGCCAGCUUCGUCCCGACGAAUUCGGUGACGCACGUCAACGCGGCAUUUGCGUGGGUCGAGGCCGGGAGCUUCUCCUUGAUCCCCGGCUCCAGCACCGGGAUUGACCAGCUCAAGCAGCUCACUGCGCUCAAGAGCCAGGCGCGUGGGCUUCAUGUAUGGCUCACACUCGGGGGAUACGACUUCUCAACCGGCUCGCGUCGGGCAUCGGAUACGGAGGGUAUCUUCGCCGACAUAGUGAGAACCUCGCAGAGUCGGCAGAAGUUCCUGAACAAUCUCGCCUCCUUCAUGCAAGAAUUCGCUUUUGACGGCGUCGACGUCGACUGGCAAUGGCCAGCGGCCGGUGAUGAGUCCAAGAACUAUGCGCUACUGAUUCAAGAGAUGCGGCUGUAUUUCAACUCGCACUCGGCGACGUCGUCGGCCUGGGGUAUCUCUUUCACGGCGCCAGUCGAAAAGGAGACUCUCGCACGUUUCGACCUCGCAACCAUGGCGGAUGCCGCCAGCUGGAUCAACCUCGUCGCCUACGAUGCUGACAGCAAGGAUCAGAGCGUCACGCGCGCCAUGUCGGACCAGAAGUCCAUCGAGGCCGCAGUCGACGCGCUGGGUAGCGCAGGCGUCCCGGCGACCAAGAUCAACCUCGGCAUCGGUUUCUUUGGCCGCUCAUACACGCUGGGCUCGACAUCAUGCUCUGGAGUCGGAUGUGCUGCGGUGGGCGCCGGAAUCUCAGGACAAUGUACCGGGAGACCCGGCUUCAUGUCCUACGACGAGAUUAGUUCAAACCUUGGUCUUCGUAACAGCAAGGUCGAUGAAAGCACUGGCAUCAACUACCUGAACUACGGCGAAGAUAACAAGCAGUGGAUUUCCUACGAAGACCGCAACUCAAUCAUCAAGAAGGUCAAAUACGCUCAAGGCAAGGGGCUUCUUGGACUCGCGGUCUGGUCCAUCGACCUAGACGAUGACGAUCACCACCUGCUGAACGCCACGUUGUACCCAGGUGGUCUGGGGAGCUUUGCGUUGGCGACGGGCACCGACCAGGCCGACUCAUCCAACUACACCUCGGUCGAGAUCAGCUCGUGUACCUGGUCCGACUGCGGGACGUCGACGAGCCCGUCGUGCCCGCCCGGCCAGCAGGUCCUCACGACCGACCGCUGCAACGUGGCCUCGGGAACCGGAGAGAAGCUCUACAAGGCCUUAUGCUGCCCGUUCGGGCAGACCCCCGACUCUUCGACUUGCGAUUGGAACCGGUUGGACGGGGGCGACUGCGGCCGGGGCUGCGCCGACGGCCAGGUCCCCAUUGCGUCGGACAAGUGGCUCAUCAACAAGAAAGGGCAAGAGAACUACUGCUUCUUCGGCAUGGCUGACUACUGCUGUGCCGCCGAGGAGUCAGGCCCCGCUGUAUGCGGCUGGGAGAACAAGUGCGUGGCUAUCGGGACCAACGGGCUGCCCACGUCCAGCACCAACGUCUGCUCGGCAGGUCGCAAGUUCGUCACGUACGCAAAGGACUCGCCCGUCGUCGGUGCAUGCAAGGGCGAUGGGAAGGUUAACUCCUGGGUACCUUACUGCUGCGACCAAGACGUCGACGUGUCGUCGUUCAAGUGGUCAGGGGUCGCAGGCACAGCCGGAGAUGGCUCCGACAAGUGCAACGACGCGAGGAUCUGUCCCCUGGGCAAGACCUCCAUCGCCACCUCAUACCUGGGUGCCGGAAAGGACUGCACAUACUUCCAGCAAGGGUACGCACUCUGGAGCGCCCAGGCGUUCCCCCGCGACGUCAAGCGCACGUUAUGUGCGGACCCAAACGCCCUUCGAAGGACCAUCAAGACUCUCCCGGUGCCUUUGGAGAACAUCUUCCCGCACCCGGGCCCGGGCACGGACGAGCAGAAGUGGCAGGUCGAGCUUGACCCAACCAUGGGCGGCGCCGAUCCCACCCCCGAGGAGAGUACCAACGCGGACAAGAACUCGUUCGGCUGGUAUAUCAUGUCCGGGCCGAAGGCCGAGCUCACCUCGCUGGACAAGCGGGACGGAUCCCACUGGGAGCUCUUCGACUGCGAGCCGGGCGCGAACCACGAGGGUCGGCAGACUGUCAGGGCCGUGUGUACCGACAGCUCCUACGAGAGCAACUGCGGCGUCAUCCACGAGGGCCACGGAGUCGUAGGAACUGUCAUCGAGAUGCCUGCCGGCUGCGGUCCCGGGAGAUAUGCCAUGGCCGUAUCUCUCGAGCCGUCCCAGAAUCAGUCGCUUCCUCGACAUCUGGAGAAGCGAGCAGACGAGCUGGCCGACUCUCCUAUCUUCGACCUCACCUUUGACUACGACUUCUCCCCCCUGAAGAAGCGGGCCGGCGGCUCUAACGUCCUGCUUCGCAUCGACUACAGCGACGAUCCCGGCUACUGGAACCAUAUCGUUGCCGCUGCUCCGACCAAGGUGAAGCGGUCAAGACGGGAGAUGGAGGAGGAGGUCCAAGGGACGCACGGCGGGAACUACCACCAGUAUCUCUACCACUUGUGGACAGUGGACAAGCGGUCUACGCCGGAGGACGAACUACACGACCUGCACACGCGUUGGUUUUCCAAGUCAGGCGCCAUCAAGGACUGGAUCGACCGGCUGCACAACGUCGACACCGAGUACGAGCUGGUUAGGCACACGGUCAACGAGCAGUUCCGCUGGAACAUCUACGAUGAGUCCGUGUCCUGUAACAUCAAGGGCGUGGACACGACGGGCUACUUCACCGCGUGGGCGGAUCUCAACGUCAACAUCCAGUCGUCGGCCCUCGUGACGCUCAUCGGAAACCUGCAGGACCUCAACUCCUUUGAAGAGUCCCACGUGCUGUUCCGCAACAGCGGCUCCGUCAAGGCGUCCAUCAACGCCGAGGCCCUCGCUCACGUCGAGUUUCUCACGGGCGAGAUCGAACUCUUCGGCCUCGAGAACUUUGGCGGCACCUUCACCGUGCCCGGCAUCGUUACCAUCGGUCCCAACUUCCGCGUGCUUGGCCAGCUGCAGGGUUCCGCGACGCUGCAUGGGACUGCGCGCGUCGACCUCACACUCGCCGAGUGGGAUUACACGCAGCAGUACCCCGACGCCAAUGGCGGCGCCAGCGCCGGCGCCGUGACUGCGGCCAGGACGCCUAAGUCAAGCGGCGUACGCUCGUCGGAUCCGCAGUCGGUGCUGCAGGCUCCCAAAUUCUACUACGACGUGGACGCAUCUGGCGAGUUGACCUUGUCAGUGGUGCCAAAGGUCACGCUGGGCAUCGUUUUCAACGACGACUCGGUCUCGGACGCAUCUAUCGACUUUGGCGUCAAUGGUCGAGUCACCUUGUAUGGAUCCGCUGGUUCCAGCUCCGACUCGACGUGGCAAUACUGCUACGGCGUCAAUGGGGAUGUUGAGGUUUUUGCACAACUGAAUGCUCCAACGCUGUUUGGUAAAAACAUCAACACGUAUUACCCAGUAUGGGGAACUGGAUUGUUCCCCAUCAUCCAACAAACCUGCGCUGCAGCCGCUUCGUCGGUCUCGGAGACGACCCCGUCGGCCCAGCCGGCCAGGCUGAUGAAGCGCGGGGACUUCAUCGGAUCGCUCAUCUGCCCUGCAUCGGCAUCGGCCUCGGACGACGUGACACCGUGCCCCUUCUGCUGGGAGUCCUCUGCCACGACUAGCGAUGCGAGCAGCAAGAUCCGGAGGCGAUACGGCUACGUGCUGGAGGAGCGCGCCGACGAUGCUUGCCCGUUGUACACUGACGCCGACGCGAACAACCCCAGCUGCACCCUUGACAACCUCGCGGCCCGCGGCACCAUUGUCCGCCGUCUGACCAGCAAGGACGGUGUGGUCGACUAUGGCACCGAGCAAAUCAAGAUAAGCUUCGGGCAAUAUGCGGGCUGCAAUGAUGCCAAGACGAGCAGCAACAUUCUCAGGUCGAUCAUCUUCAGCACGUCGGGCCGACGAUGCAAUGCCAACGUGUUCAAGGCCACAAACACCGAGGCCAGAAGUGUCAAAUUGAACACCGAACACGUUUACGAGGCGCAGACCCUCACCAAAUUCUUUAUGUGGCUGAUGAGAGGGCCCGGCGUGACGGUCGGCAGCUACACCAUGCCGACGGCGGAAUGGGUGCUGGAGGUGUUGCUGGGUGUCGACAUCCCAGGGGCUCAGCCGUACUCCUUCAUCAUGAAUACAGCGCCUCUGGGCGUGAACAUGCCUCCGGUACAGCUGGAUACUGUCUUGAUCUGGGGUUUCGGGCGGUCCGAUGGCGUCGGCCCCUCGCCCUUCACCAAAGCACGCGGCGAGUCCCACCUAGUGCUAGUCGACGAAAUGAUCAACAAGAACAAGGGCAAAUUCAUGAUGCUUCAAAAAGUAUCUGUACAACCCGAAACGCAAGCGGUAAAUUCGUACCGGACUACAUAUCGCGAGGUCUUUGGCGUGUUUGAGUACCUCCGGUGGUCGCCUCCGAGCGGCACGGGUGGCUCGGGCCCUUUCCCCGUCAUUGAACCCGUGUGGAAUAAAUGGAUGCGGGUGUCCAACUGGUUUGACUUGGUGCUCUGGGAGUUUGACAACCAGUACGCCGGACGCUGGAACGAAAGGGCCGGGGCUCCAGUGAACAGCAAUGGCAGCCCUUCGCUCCGCGCCCUCUAUGCUCGAUAUAUUGAGGAUUACCUCCUGGCCAUUGAGCAGACGGCCGCCCUCAAGAGCAACGAGGCCAAGACCGCCUACGAGAAUAAAUUCAAAAGCGUCAACUCCUUGGGAAACGUGGUGUGGAGUAAUACCGACGACCCGAAUUGGUUCAAUGCCGCGUUCGGCGCCGGAGGCUGGGCCAGUCCGGCGGGGGCUAGGUUUCCGCGCCCAGGAUUCGGGGGCACGGGAUGGUCCAUUUUCGGCGCCACCGGGAAUCCCACUAAGACCAUUAACGGGCAAGGCGUCGCAGUCAACAUUGGUGCACCGGCUCGUAUAUAG